GUGAAAGACAGUUAUACCAUGUAAAGAAGAUCUAGAAUUAUAUUCCAAGUGGUAGCCAUGGCAACCUGUCUAAGUUUUUCCGGUGGAAUAUCGCGUGUAAUCCUGGUCAUUGUCAACACAUCUGGACUGGUUCUGGCGUUGUUUUUGAUCGCGUUGGCGAGUGACCUCCGCGUUAGUCCCGACGACAGUACAAUUGGUAAUGACUAUGAGAGAACAGAGAAGGCCCUUCUGGUAUCGAUUGUGUCCGGGUACACCCCCUCCAUUGAUACCUCCCCAAUCAGUUCAUGGCACAUCAGGGACGCCGAUAUCUUUAACACGUUUUUCCUGUCGAUGUGGCUCGGAGGGGGCAUCCUCCUUAUCAUUUCCGUUGUAGGACUCAUCAUGGGGGCAAAGAAAAGUAGUGGCGGCUUACUGGUGCACGGCGGCUUCCUUGCCAUCCUUCUGAUAGUAGAGAUAGCCUAUUACAGCAUGCUCACGGACAGUUCGGUUGGUGAAAGUUUGAACAAGAAGAUACCAUUAAAAACCUCUAUCCAGGGGUCGAUGUACAGCAGUUUCCAAGGUUACGGUGGUGUAUAUGAGACAGACGUCAACAGUAUCGGCUGGUCGUUUAUAAUGCUGAAGUACGACUGUUGUGGGGUGUAUGGAUGGACGCAGUAUAAAACACUCACUGAAAACAUCAACAAACCUAUAAGGGUCGCGGGAAACAUUAUAUGCUGUGAUCAGGAUCAGCUGAAGCUACAUCUCAACGAUUCUUGCUGGCCGAAUAAUGUUCAGUCCUCAGAGAAAUCGAAUUGCUAUGAUGCCAUAGUCGAUGCCAUUCUCUCCUCGAGCUACGGGAAACUUUUACCGGUGGUGUAUAUAGUUCAGUUUGUGUUGAUUAUGUGUGCUGUCCUGAUCAUCCUUGACAACAAGUAUACAGUGACAACAGUGGAACCGGAACCGGAAGACUACCCUACAAAAACGCCGAGACCAUUAUCGGAAAAAAGAUUUCCAGAAUGAAUUCUUUAAAGUGCACAUAAGUGGAAUAUACAAGCUCAAUGAUUUCCGUCUUGAUGCUUAUUUUAAACGUCCAUGUGAUCGAACAGAUACAACGUACUUAUGUUGAAAGUUAAAGCAGAGAGUAUGUUGUUUACAAUAUCUUACGUCUUGAAUUUUCAAGACUGAAUAUCAUCUUUAUAGUUCGAUAAAAAAAAAUCGAAGUAAAAUUUUGUAUUGCAAUUUGAAAUAUAAGUUACGCAGUGUUGGGUCGAGAAUGGUUUCUAGGGUUACGGACAGCCUUUCUCUCACCCUUAUGCCGUAGGGAUAAUUUUCAUUUAUUUACCACCAUUUUCCAUCUGUACAGCUCCACCUAUUUUCAUGUUUCUACAUGGUAAUCUUAGAUUAGAAAACUUUCGCAUCAUUCAUCAAUCGUUUUAUUAUUUAGUUUGCUGGUAAAUAGAGAUGUAUCCUCCCUUUUCCAUCUAAGAUCUACUGCUACAUGUCUAUGGUCGAACCCCGCUAUCUCGAUGUCAUUUGGGUCGAGAUAACCCUAAUGCUUGAGAUAACCAAGACUAUUUUCAUAUAUAAUUCUUACUGUAUGAAUGGAAUUUCGUUUUUUCGAACUCUGAUAAUUCGAAGACCCUGUUUAACUCGCAGUUUCUACAUGAUCCCAGCACACUGAGGUUCGACUGUAAAUCAAAUUAUUAUAAUUUGCUUGUUAAUAUGUGGUGUAAACCGUAACAACCAGAGUUUAAAUCAUGAACAUGGAAUUACAAAAUUUGUCAUUAUCUUUAUUGUUAUUGUUUUCUGUUAUGUUUGAUUGAAACUCAAUUUGUGUAAUAAAAUAGUA